CUGUUACAAUUGCUCUGAGAAAUGAGUGGUUACGUGUUGUUGUGGCAGCAUUCUUGACAGGCACCUGCAAAGACGGCACAAAGCACGACGAAGUGGUCCUUCGGGCGUCCCCGUUGCAUAGAAACGAAAACAGACAUUAGCUCAAAGAAGCACACUUUUAAUAUCGGUGAAGGGAAUGUACAGCGCUCUGCUUGCGAUCGACAAUCAUCAUUUAGGCUUAGAUAGACUCCGACAUGUGGAUUAGUUGCAUUUGUUAAACAGCAUCGUGCUACGGUUUGCGACAUUAGCCGAUUGGUAAUUAGCAGCCGUGAAGAACGGUAAAAGUAAAGUAGCCAUUCACGUCAGAGACUUUAAAGAAGUAAAUCAAUCAAUUGCGUUAUCUAUACCAUUCUCAGAUAUAUAUAGCAUCAGUGUUGUCGAUGUGUUGAGGACAGACGAGCGAUCUCCAACCGCACGAUGUUAACCUCAGCUAACCGAUGGAAAGCUAACGUUAGCUAACGCACAUCCCCGUUGUCAAACGGAUGCUAACGUUAGCUCUCUUUAUAGGUUCUCGGAUUAAUAUCUCCAGGUGACCGUAUUCAUCAAUUCUCUUAGUGCUGCCUUUCAUUAUCGUUCUAGUCAAAGGGAAAACAGGUUUAAAAAGAGAAUAACGUUAAAAUGGCUGACGAAGUUGGCAGCAUCCCUGAACUGGACCAAAGAAAAUACGACUCAGACCAACAGGUGAAGAUCAUCUGUCUGGGGGACAGCGCUGUUGGUAAAUCGAAAUUGAUGGAGAGGUUUCUCAUGAACGAAUAUCGUCCCCAGCAGAUGUCAACCUACGCGUUGACCCUCCACAAACACAAAGCCACUGUCGGAAACAAGACGGUAGAAGUCGAUUUUUGGGACACGGCCGGGCAGGAGAGAUUUCGGAGCAUGCAUCCAUCUUACUACCACAAUGCACACGCAUGCAUCAUGGUUUUUGAUGUUCAGAGGAAGAUAACAUAUAAGAAUCUGCCCUGCUGGUAUACGGAGCUAAGAGAGUACAGACCGGAGAUUCCCUGUUGUGUGGUUGCUAACAAAAUUGAUGCAGAUUUGAAGGUCACACAGAGAAGCUUUCACUUUGGGAAGAAGCAAGGAAUCCCAUUUUACUUUGUGUCGGCCGCUGAUGGGACUAAUGUAGUUAAGAUGUUCAGAGAGAUGAUCAAGAGAGCAGUGGACUACAAGCAAAACCCCAGCGACUUCAUGGAUGAAGUAAUGCAGGAACUGGAGAACUUUGACCUGGAGAAGAAAGAAGAUAAUUGUGAAGCAGAUGAGGACGGAUUGAAGGCAGAGCGCCCCGAGGUGGUCUGACAGAUGUUUACACACCUUCCAACCCCUCCAGCUGUUGUCUCCUCCUACGGGGUGGAUUCCCCACAUUGUUGGUCCUCAUGUGCGGUUGGGGAUUGGCUUUUAAGCCAUUGGUUUGCAGCUACCACUGGAGGUCAGAAGACUUUUAGUCAGGUUUUAAGUCACUGCCCUCCUUCUGACCAAUGACUCAGGCAGAGAAAUGAACCUGGUGGAAUAAAUAGGAAUUGUGUUGUUUACCAAGUUUAUAUAUCUACUGUUUUAGAGAUGUCAUUUAUACGCACAAUAUCAGCUAUAAUAAUAACAAUAGAAAACAAUAAGGCUGAAUGUGUUUAUUUUGUGUUAAGAAUGUGAAGCAUUGAAAACUAACUCAAACAGAUCAAAGAGAUUGUGUCAUUAUAAAACGUAUUUGCUGCUGUUCUCGAUGUUUGUUAGUUCGUUGUGUGCAAUGCCAGCGGGACUAGUGGCUACAUUUAUUGUAUUCAUUUUAGAAUUGAGUCUAUUUUCAGUACUUUGUAACCAAAUUGUUAUUAAAUGUGUCUUUCUGACUCACUAUGAUGCAGAAGUAGGCACAAGAGCAGUAGAUUGUAAACUGCAGCAUAUGAUAGCAUGCGUACGUGCAUGGGUAGACGUCCGCUGUAUUGAACGUUAAAAUGUUUUAGCCUUGUGGAAUGCUCAGCCAGAGUGUCCUUCAUGAUGCUUUGUAGAAGGCUGUGUGUAUAUUCAUUCAUUUUGGUAAGAAUGUUGCAUUAUGGACAACAUUAAACCAGUUUUCUGGUGGAAGGUGAUGUUCAAUUUGAAUUUGAAAUAUUUUUAUAUAUAGCAUUUCAUGUGGCAUGACCUCAAAAUAACCACUGAGCUGGAUUAUCAUUUUAUACACUGUGACCCUGAAUUACCAGGAAUACAAUACUUUGAUGCAGUUUAUGUUUUAAUAAUAAAUUUAUUACAUAAUAUAACAAACAUAUAUCUCUGUGGUGGAGGUAUCCUGGGCAACAUCUCACAUCUUGCCUCAACCUAACUAUCACCCUCGCCCUGUUUGCAUGAGGAAUACUAGGUGGCUUGUGGUUAGCGUUUAUCGUGACCAGUACUUUCACAUAUUGAAAGGGAGCGGGAUUGCUAAUGCUAUAAGCGUCCUGAAGUCACCUGGUCAU